AUGGAGACCCUACUAUCGGCUGGACCACUUCGCGACACGUUGAUCUAUUAUGGUACGGUGACAGCGAGCUGCGAACUCGCUCGACAUGUUUGCGAUAGAUUUCUCGACAAAAAAUCCACGCUUUUUCUGUUUGCCAUCGAAUUUCUUGGAACACUUCAAGUAACAACAACGAUAUUCGAGAAUGGUGUUGUUGACAUUUACUUUGGUCGCCAAAUGUUCGCAUUGACACUUUUCACAAUGGGAUUGGUGUUCGCGUUUUGCACUCGCGGAGCAUUUUGCUCACCAUUGGCACCAUUCGAACAAUACGUUUUCGGCAAAAUGAAGCUAAAAGAAUUUAUUCGAACGAUCAUCGCCCAAUUAUUCGCCGGAUAUUGCUCAUAUCGAUUUGCGCGAACAAUUUGGACUCAAACCUAUGUUCCAUCGGAAGCGCACACAAGAAUGGCAUCUCUCGUUGAUCAAUGCCAGUUCAACCAUCAAUACCAAUUGUAUGUCCACUUAGCGUUCGAACUAAUCGGCACAUUUAUCGUUCGUCACGUUCUCGUUCGCGCAACUUCCGAAGAACGCGAUAGUCGAAUUCGUACAAUCUUUCCCGCAUUUUUCAUGGCAAUGGUCUUCACCGGAACUGUCACCUAUGUCGGAGAUCAGGCUCUUGAUCCACUAGUGGCAACCACAUUGUUCUACGGAUGCCGCGGAAUUGACGUUCAACAAUACAUUCUCAUCUACUGGCUUGCUCCAGUUGUCGGAUGGCUCGCUUCUGCCUAUGUCGACAACUCCAAAUCGAAGAAGCUCAAGAACAAGGUAGAGAAGGAAGAGAAGAAGAAGCUGAAGAACCAAAAGAAGAACAACUAA